AUGAAGCUGAAUUUGUCUGUUGCUUUUCUGAUGAUUUCCAUAUAUUUUUUCACAGAGGUUUAUUCCCUAGUGGAAUUUACAAACGUACAGUGCGAGUCUCUGGAUAAAGACUUCGCUUUAGUUGAAUAUUGUUAUCUGAAAUCUGUAAACCGAUCUUACAAAUAUGUCUCCAUUAAAGUAAACCUCCUAAAGCGACCCAUAAACAAAGUUAAGGUGAAUUUUGCUCUUUAUCAACGUUUGAAUGGCUAUAAGCCUUUUCUCUACAAUAUUACCUUUGACGCGUGCAGAUUCCUAAAAUCGCCGAAAUCCAAUCCGGUUGCUCUUUAUUUUUUUUAGCAUGAUAUUGUCCUCGACAAGUUGCCAUAUCAUAGUAUAAAUAAUAAGGUAACCAAAACACUGCCCUUUCCGGAGGGAAGUUAUAUGUUUGAAGUAAACUGGAUGGCCUAUGGCAUUCCUCGAGCUGUAACUAAGUUCUAUUUAUCACUUUCUUGAUAAACCGAUUAAAAAUCAAUAACAAGGC